AUGUUGCUGCUUCAAGAGUUUGACAUUGAGAUCAAGGAUAGAAGUGGAGCGAAAAACCAAGUUGCUGAUCAUCUGAGUCGCAUCACCUCUCUUCCAUCUGACCCUGUACCUAUUGGGGAUGAUUUCCCUGAUGAGCAGCUUUUACAGCUGCAAGGUAAGUUCCCUUGGUUUGUCGAUUUAGUUAAUUACUUGGUUGCUGGAGCGUUACCUGUUGACUCCACUAAGGCUCAGAUCUUGAAAUUGAAAAGUGAGUCUAAAUACUAUGUGUGGGACGAUCCUUACUUGUGGAGAUUUUGUAGUGACCAAGUGGUUAGGAGAUGUGUUCCUGACAGUGAGACUAUUUCUGUUUUAAAUUUUUGUCAUGCAUCUGCCUGUGGUGGUCAUUUUGGACCACAAAGAACUUCUAGGAAGGGUAUUGAUUUUAUGGGUCCCUUUCCUGUUUCCUUUGGUUUUGCUUACAUACUCUUAGCUGUGGAUUAUGUCUCUAAAUGGGUUGAGGCGAAAGCCACCCGAACUGAUGAUUCUGCUAUUGUUGUAAAAUUUGUCCGUUCUCAUAUUUUCUGCAGGUUUGGCAUUCCUCGAGCUAUUAUCAGUGACCAGGGCUCACAUUUCUGCAAUAGGAGCAUGGAUGCCUUUACUAAAGAAAUAUCGGAGUCCUCCACAAAGUAUCUACAGCAUACCAUCCACAGACAAAUGGCCAAGCUGAAACUUCAAACAGAGAGGUUAAGCAAAUCCUCAGAAGACUGUUAA